AUGCUUGUAUCGACUAUCAAGGUGAAGAUGCAGAUGGCAUUGACAUUAUUAGUUGUUGUCACGGUUCACUUAACACAGUACACUAAUUCUCUUCCAACAAAAAACAGGAAAGACUUGGAAAUAGAUCUCAGAGCUAUUUGCAAUGCAAAUUGUACCUCGGAUACCUGUUAUACUCCUUCACCUGACGCCUGUCAUCACUACAUAUUUUGCUAUAAAUAUGCCAAUCAUGAAACAUACUCGCUAACGCAUUUAUAUACUUGUCCUCUCGGCCAAAUAUGGCAUCCAACUAUGCUAACUUGUCUUAGAAGAGAAGACAUGGAUAGUUAUGGCCAUAGCUGCACAGAUAGUACACUGAAGUCAUACAGACAUGGAUCAUAUUGUUCGCAAUAUUAUGAAUGUGUCGAUGGAAAGUCUAUACCGAGUUGCUGUAGACGCGGAGAAGCUUUCAUUAACGAAAAAUGUGUGCCUAAUAAAGACUGUAAGUGGAGUUGUCCAGACCAAUAUGCACCUGUCGAAACAACUACUGAUUCUGGCGAAAACAUUACCACUUCUCUACCUCCAGAAACUACAACAGAAGUGUGCACAAAAAGCGCUGUGACUAAUAACAACCAGAAAUACAUAGUACACGACGCAAAUUCUGAUAUAGAGGCUGACUGUGCACGUGGAACAAUUUAUGAUCAGGCACAAUGUAACUGUAUUACUGAUCCUAACUACGUGCCAUCAACAGAAUGCUUUCCAGAAAAAGUGAUCAACUAUGCCACGAAAAGUGUAGCCAGAAAUGACGUCUGGAAAGAUUAUGAAGUUCGAAAUGUCAACGGGGUCGGGAUAUUCUCCUCCAAAGACAAAUCUAGCAACAAAGUUAAUCACUACAACGGUAACAGUAAUCUCUUGAAGCAUUUCAACAUGACAGUGAUAUUUAAGUCUGAGAGUACAGGAGAUAAAACCCAGUUCCUGGUAACAAACUGCCGAUCUACACAAGUGGACAGGCCUAGUCUAGGAAUAAUGGUCAGCAACAUAGACGAAAAUCUACUCUUCGUAGCCGACGACAACGCCACAGCACCAUACGACUCCAUUAUCAAAAUGACUGUAAAAUUCAAGCAAGGUUCCUGGAACUGGGUGCGUUACAUUUUUAACGGCCGCACAUUAGAAGCUACAGUCGUUCCAUUGCCUGAUCGGAUGGCUGACCCGUCCACUAUUACAGAAGUGUUCACAAAAAACGUCACAUUAGCAAUUGAAUUACUAUCCAGCCAAAAUCCGUUAACAUUUGGAUACUGCAAUAAUCAGGGAUUUGAUGGUCUUAUAUACAUGGCUAACAUCGCCCCAUGGGUAUGCAGCAUGUAUGUGGACAGCAAGAAUGGUAUAUAA